CGCGCAGGCGCCACACAACUUGCUGAUCCCAAAAGGGAGAGAUACAGAGAAGCGGAAAUCACCCAGAGGGACCGGCACUGCUAAAGUCUCGCGAGAGCGAACCCGACUUCCUUCCUCUGGUUCUCCCUCCUCUUCCCCCGCCCCCUUCCCUUCUCCCUCCUCUUCCCCCCUCCCGAGCAGGAGCGUCCCUGUGUCCCACAGGCCAGAGCCGCAGCUAGAGCAGCUUUCCCCACUCCCUCCCCCUCGCCUCACUCACUCUCCCCCCCCACCCCGCGCCAAGCGAGGAGGAGUCGGAGGAGAGGAAGAUGGCGGCGGCCGCCAGCACCCGCGGGGCCGCGGGGCCGCUCCGAGGAGCCUGAGAGACCCACGGAGGCUUCGUGGCGAGACGCGGCGGCGGAGGAUGAGCCUGCAGAGCGCGCAGUAUCUCCGGCAGGCAGAAGUCCUGAAGGCUGAAAUGACAGAUUCUAAGCUGGGUCCAGCUGAGGUCUGGACAUCCAGGCAAGCUCUGCAGGACUUGUACCAGAAAAUGCUUGUUACUGAUCUGGAAUAUGCUUUAGACAAGAAAGUAGAACAGGAUCUCUGGAAUCAUGCCUUUAAGAAUCAGAUCACAACACUACAAGGCCAAGCCAAGAAUCGAGCAAACCCAAAUCGAAGUGAAGUCCAGGCAAACCUUUCUCUGUUCCUAGAGGCAGCUAGCGGCUUCUAUACUCAGUUAUUACAGGAACUGUGUACAGUGUUUAAUGUAGAUUUGCCAUGCCGUGUGAAGUCUUCCCAGUUGGGAAUUAUUAGCAAUAAACAGACUCACACCAGCGCCAUAGUGAAGCCGCAGUCUAGCUCCUGUUCCUACAUUUGCCAGCACUGCCUCGUCCACCUUGGAGACAUUGCUCGAUACAGAAACCAGACUAGCCAGGCAGAGUCCUACUAUAGGCAUGCUGCUCAGCUUGUCCCCUCCAAUGGUCAGCCUUACAAUCAGUUGGCUAUCUUAGCUUCUUCCAAAGGAGACCACCUGACCACAAUUUUCUACUACUGCAGAAGCAUUGCUGUGAAAUUCCCUUUCCCAGCUGCCUCCACUAAUCUACAAAAAGCACUUUCUAAAGCACUGGAAAGCCGGGAUGAGUUGAAAACCAAGUGGGGUGUUUCUGACUUCAUCAAGGCCUUUAUUAAAUUCCACGGUCAUGUAUACCUGAGUAAGAGUUUGGAAAAGCUGAGCCCACUUCGAGAGAAGUUAGAAGAACAGUUUAAGAGACUGCUGUUCCAAAAAGCUUUCAACUCUCAACAGUUAGUUCAUGUCACUGUCAUUAACCUGUUUCAACUUCAUCAUCUUCGUGACUUUAGCAAUGAAACAGAGCAGCACAGUUACAGCCAAGAUGAACAGCUGUGUUGGACACAGUUGCUGGCCCUCUUUAUGUCUUUUCUUGGCAUCCUGUGCAAGUGUCCUCUCCAGAAUGAUUCUCAGGAGUCCUACAAUGCCUAUCCCCUUCCUGCAGUCAAGGUCUCCAUGGACUGGCUAAGACUCCGACCUAGAGUCUUUCAAGAAGCAGUGGUGGAUGAAAGACAGUACAUUUGGCCCUGGCUAAUUUCUCUUCUAAAUAGUUUCCAUCCCCGUGAAGAUGAUCUCUCAAGUACUAAUGCCACACCACUUCCAGAGGAGUUUGAAUUACAAGGAUUCUUGGCUUUAAGACCUUCUUUCAGGAACUUGGAUUUUUCCAAAGGCCAUCAGGGUAUUACAGGAGACAAAGAGGGUCAACAACGACGAAUACGACAGCAGCGUUUGAUCUCCAUAGGGAAAUGGAUUGCUGAUAACCAGCCACGGCUGAUUCAGUGUGAAAAUGAGGUAGGGAAAUUGUUAUUUAUCACAGAAAUCCCAGAAUUAAUACUAGAAGACCCCAGUGAAGCCAAAGAGAACCUCAACCUACAAGAAACAUCUGUGAUAGAGUCACUAGCUACAGAUGGGAGCCCAGGACUGAAAUCAGUGCUGUCUACAGGCCGAAAUCCAAGCAACAGCUGUGACUCAGGAGAGAAACCAGUGGUCACCUUCAAAGAGAACAUUAAGCCACGAGAAGUGAACAGAGACCAAGGAAGAAGCUUUCCUCCCAAAGAGGUGAGAAGGGACUGUAGCAAAGGAGUAACUGUAACUCAGGAUGACGGACAGAAGGACAGCAGCAAGAGGAGAGCUGAGACCAAGAAAUGCACCUUAGGAAAGUUGCAGGAAACAGGAAAGCAGAGUGUGGCAGUGCAGGUAAAAUCUCAGACAGAGCUAAGAAAGACUCCAGUGUCUGAAGCCAGGAAAACUCCUGUCACUCAAACUUCAAGUCAAACGAAUAAUUCUCAGUUCAUCCCAAUCCAUCACCCUGGAGCCUUCCCUCCUCUUCCCAGCAGACCAGGGUUCCCGCCCCCAACAUAUGUUAUCCCCCCUCCUGUGGCAUUUUCUAUGGGCUCAGGUUACACCUUCCCAGCUGGUGUUUCUGUCCCAGGAACCUUUCUUCAGUCUACAGCUCACUCUCCAGCAGGAAACCAGGUGCAAGCUGGGAAACAGUCCCACAUUCCUUACAGCCAGCAACGGCCCUCUGGACCAGGGCCAAUGAACCAGGGACCUCAACAGUCACAGCCACCUUCCCAGCCACCCCUUACAUCUUUACCAGCUCAGCCAACAGCACAGUCUACAAGCCAAUUGCAGGUUCAAGCUCUAGCUCAGCAACAACAAUCCCCUACAAAAGUCAUGCCAGCUUUGGGGAAAAGCCCGCCUCACCACUCUGGAUUCCAGCAGUAUCAACAGGCAGAUGCCUCCAAACAGCUGUGGAAUCCCCCUCAGGUUCAAAGCCCACUAGGGAAAAUUAUGCCUGUGAAACAACCCUACUACCUUCAGACCCAAGACCCUAUAAAACUGUUUGAGCCGUCACUGCAACCUCCUGUAAUACAGCAGCAGCCUCUAGAGAAAAAGAUGAAGCCUUUCCCCAUGGAGCCAUAUAACCAUAAUCCCUCAGAAGUCAAGGUCCCAGAGUUCUACUGGGACUCUUCCUACAGCAUGGCUGAUAACAGAGCAGUAAUGGCUCAGCAACCAAAUAUGGACCGCAGGAGCAAACGGUCACCUGGAGUCUUCCGUCCAGAACAGGAUCCUGGGCCCAGGAUGCCAUUUGAGAAAUCCUUACUGGAGAAGCCUUCCGAGCUCAUGUCACAUUCAUCUUCUUUCCUGUCCCUUACUGGGUUCUCUGUCAACCAGGAAAGAUAUCCAAACAGCAGUGUGUUCAAUGAAGUAUAUGGGAAAAACCUGACAACCAGCUCCAAGGCAGAGCUGAACUCCUCGGUCGCCUCCCAGGAAACAUCACUGUACUCCCUUUUUGAAGGGACCCCGUGGUCUCCGUCACUUCCUGCCAGUUCAGAUCAUUCAACACCAGCCAGCCAGUCUCCUCACUCCUCUAAUCCAAGCAGCCUGCCCAGUUCUCCUCCAACACAUAACCAUAAUUCUGCUCCAUUCUCUAAUUUUGGACCCAUUGGGACUCCAGAUAACAGGGAUAGGCGUCCUGCAGAUAGGUGGAAAACUGAUAAACCAGCCAUGGGUGGUUUUGGCGUUGAUUAUCUCUCAGCAGCGUCGUCAUCUGAGAGCAGUUGGCGUCAGGCUAGCGCUCCAAGUGGCACCUGGACAGGCCACGGCCCCUCCAUGGAGGAUUCCUCUGCUGUCCUCAUGGAGAGCCUAAAGUCUAUCUGGUCCAGUUCCAUGAUGCAUCCUGGACCCUCCGCUCUCGAGCAGUUGUUAAUGCAGCAGAAGCAGAAACAGCAGCGGGGACAAGGUGCCAUGAACCCUCCACACUGAGGCCACAGUAGCGACCCAGGGAAUGAAGGCUCCAUAAACCAUGGCAUGUUGGGUUUGCAGGACUGGCCCACACAGUCCCUGCAGGUGGCAGCCCUCUUGUCUGUUUCUUGCUGUCGAGAGGGUGUAAGUGUUCCACCAGCCCGCUGAGUGUGCACGAAAUGUUCGCAGUGCAACAAAAAGAAAAAACCAUCAGGAACUCUCGUUCCCCCGGGGCUUUCCGGAGGGAGAGAGGAGCUGCUGUUUGUCCCACUCGGUUACUGAUAGCACGCCUCUCACCUUCUCCACCGCGCAUGUCCCCAACACGUGGGAAGUGGAAGCUGAGAAGGGAAGGCAGAUGGGAGAAGCCAAUAGGAACUUCUCAGUCCUUUUUUCCUCUUUGGGGAAUAAAAUAGGAAUCCAUUAUGAGUGCUUUGCUGACUGAGGAUGUAGUUGAAAUUAUUCUUAAACAUCUUUUAUUAUUACUCUCAGUAGCAAAAUAUCACACUGAAUUCUUCCAUACACAGGCGAAUUUCUAGUCAGUGUGGAGCAAAGACAGUCCCGUUUGCUGCUCCUGUGAGAGGUCGGUGGUGACAGGACAGGGAACUGACCUCUUAAGCCAGUGGGAGUGUUCCAUAAGGGAGAGCACAAGGCCUCUUAGAAGGUUCUGGUAGAGGCCUUCCUCCAGCCUGGAAACUCCAGCAGGAAAUGCCCUUCACUCUGUAGGUGCUCGAGCCCCAAUCGAGGAUGCAGUGUGGGUGGUGCUGCUGGGCUAGACCAGCAGAUGGCUGCUGUACGAUUUCAAAUUAAUGUUGUUGAUUCCUACACUUUGCAGUAGCGUAGCAAGCAGUCUCAGAAGGCAGGCUAGUCCAUUCAUGGCCUGGAACCCAUUUUAGUAGGUGGAUGCUUUCAGUGUGGUUCUUUUUGUUGAGUUGGUUUUUGUGUCCCCAUCCUGCUUCCUAGCCUCUUGCACCAGUCUCCACCCCUUUAGCCAUAUGCUGUACCGUAGUCAUUGUUUUUCCCUACCAUGUACAACAUCUCGCCAAGAAACAGCAGCAUGGGGCCAGCACUUGGGGCCCAAAAGCUGGUCUGAAGAGGAAGGAAGCGGUAGUGCGAGCAUCGCUGCAGAGGAGCCAGGCCCUGCCCAGUCCUAGGCUCCUGGCCUUCACCUUAAGGAUGAAGUGGAAGGCCACGGGGACAGAUGCACACUGUGCACAGAAGAAAACACAACAGACGCCACUUUGGAGAGGGCAAGAGAAAGGAAUAAACUCUUUAUUUGAUAUUUAUUAGGAGGAAAGAGGACUGAAAAUGUUCUGUGUAGGAACAGAAGGAUGGACAGCAUUUCUGUUAGUCAUUUCCUGGAAAAGUAAUAUUUUAAUGGGAAAUUAUGGAAAGAAUCUAAAUGUCCAAUUGCUGUGCUAGGGUAAGGAUUAUUUUCUGGGAGAUGUGUGUGUGCGCGUGCGUAUGUGUGUGUCCCCACAUAUAGCUGUCUACUCUCCCAGAGGGCAAAGGCUAAGUGUGGGAAUUAGUGUGGAGCUUAGCUGAAAGACAGCUGUAGAGCAAAGCACAUCCAGGAGCCCCAGGUGUCAGUGGGGUCUGGGCAUCCCUGCAAUGAGAUGGGGUAAGGUAUUGCUCAUGGCUCUUCAGAAAGAGUGCUUGAAGCCCCAGGCUCUUUUAGUUUGAUAUGGUAUUUGGAUUUUUUUUUUAUUUUGUUUGUUUUGUUUUUGAAAGGUCUGAAAGUGAAACCCUUCACUCAAUGGCAAAAGAAACUGUCUGUACUGCUCCAGUCCCUCCCUGUGUCCAUCUUUGUCCUCUUCCUGUUCCUUCCCUGCUACCUUCACCCAGUUUGUGUAUGUAAGCUCUGCAUUCAGACAGCUGCAACAUUCCGAUGUUGGAAAUGUCACUGAUUCUUGCACCUUAGACCAGCCAACAGGUUUACCAGCUCCCUCCCUGUAGUGCCCACUUCCCAUCUAUAGCCCCAGUCUGCAUGAGAAUUUGGUGUUUGGAAUGUUUAUGACUCUCGGUGGGGUUCCUCGCCUUGCCAUCCUCACUGUGGGGUAACGAAGAAGGGGAGGAGAAUCUUCAUCAACUGGUUUUGUGUAAUAAACUUUCAUGUUUUGUUUUGUUUUGAUUUGAUUUGAUUUGGGGUUGGUUUUUUUUCCCCUGUCUGUCUGUCUGUCUGUGCAAGAUCUGCAGCUGCUGAAAUCAGCUUUGCCUUUAAUUAAACCGUGUUCUCUCCAACCAGA